CUCUCAUUUCACUGUACUACGCAAAAAAAAAAAAAAGAAAAGAAAAAGAGGACUCAGUUCCACCAAGUAGAGCAACGAAGAAAACAAUGGAUUCUAUUUCUUUACGCUCACUCCACUUUCAACUCCUAGUUCGGAAGCAACUCAGAUUCCUCCCAAACCCUGCAAUUUACAAUCCCAGGAUUUCUUUUUCUUUACCUUUUCCGCCGGGAAUCAACCGCCACCGUAGGCACUCUCGUCCUCUCGUUUUUGCCGUUUCGUCUACUACCACUAGAGAAGAAGAAAAGAAGAAGAUGAAGGUGAAACCAAAGACUGGGCAUGGCAAAGUAGGCCUUAAUGUUUGUUUAGAUUACCAAGUUGAAUUUGGUGAACAUGUAGCGAUUUUGGGGUCUACAAAAGAAUUGGGAUCCUGGAAGAAGCAGGUGCCUAUGAACUGGACGGAGGGGGGAUGGGUAUGUGACUUGGAGUUGAAAGGGGGUAAGUCUGUUGAGUUUAAAUUUGUGAUUGUUGGGAAGGACAAAAGUGUAGUAUGGGAAGGUGGGGAUAACCGUGUUCUGAAACUGUCUAAAGGAGGCAGUUUUGGGGUGGUAUGUCACUGGAAUUCAACAGGCGAGAUAGUGGAAAUAUUGCCUAUAAGUUCGGAAGAAUAUGGAGACAGAGUGGAGGAUGAUGGUCAUAAUGAAUCUACGGCUGAUGCCUUGGUGGUGGAGACAAGUCCUUUUGUUGGACAAUGGCAGGGAAGGCCUGCCUCUUUCAUGCAGUCGAAUAAGCAUCAAAACAGAGAAGUGGAGAGGAAAUGGGAUACAACCGGUCUUGAAGGGUUGGCUUUGAAAUUAGUUGAAGGUGAUAAAAGUGCAAGGAAUUGGUGGAGAAAGCUUGAAGUGGUUCGUGAGCUAUUAGUUGGAAGUUUGCAAAGUGGGGAAUGGUUGGAGUCUCUAAUAUGCUCUGCUAUCUAUCUGAAGGUUUUUUGUAUAUCUUUUUUUACAGUUAGUUUUGGUGUUUAUUCUUUGGUGCUGCUGUUAAAUCUUUUUUUUAUGCAGUGGAUAAACACAGGGCAAAUUCCUUGUCUGGAAGGCGGGGGUCAUCAUCGGCCGAACAGACAUGCUGAGAUUUCCAGGCAUAUAUUUCGUGAAUUAGAACGAAUCUCUAGUCAGAAAGACACUUCACCUCAGGAAGUGCUUGUUAUCCGCAAGAUCCAUCCUUGUUUGCCAUCUUUUAAAGCAGAAUUUACUGCAUCUGUUCCGCUUACUCGGAUUAGAGACAUUGCUCAUCGGAAUGAUAUCCCGCAUGAUCUCAAGCUAGAAAUUAAGCAUACAAUACAGAACAAGCUUCAUCGAAAUGCUGGCCCUGAAGACUUAGUUUCAACAGAAGCAAUGCUUGCAAGAGUCACCAGGAAUCCUGGAGAAUAUAGUGAAGCAUUUGUGGAACAAUUCAAGAUAUUCCAUCAGGAACUCAAAGAUUUUUUUAAUGCCGGAAGCCUCACAGAACAACUUGAGUCUAUCAGAGAAUCAUUAGAUGACAGGGGCAUUUCAGCUCUUGCAACGUUUAUAGAGUGCAAAAAGAGUUUGGAUGCUGCAGAAGAAUCAAGUAGUGUUUUGGAUUUAAUCAAGACAAUGCAAUCCUUGAAUGCUUUGAGAGAAGUAAUUGUGAAGGGUCUUGAAGGUGGCCUUAGAAAUGAUGCUUCUGAUGCAGCAAUAGCAAUGCGUCAAAAGUGGCGGCUUUGUGAGAUUGGCCUUGAGGACUAUUCCUUUGUCCUCUUAAGCAGGCUACUCAAUACACAUGAAACUAUGGGAGGAGCCAAUAGGCUGGCAGAUAAUCUGGAAUCAAAGAAUGCAGGAUCUUGGAAUAAUCCACUUGGUGCCCUAAUUGUUGGUGUUCAUCAGCUUAGUUUAUCUGAUUGGAAACCAGAAGAAUGUGCUGCUAUUGAAAAUGAGCUUACUGCAUGGCAAGAGAAAGGUCUCUUUGAGAAGGAAGGAAGUGAAGAUGGCAAAAGAAUAUGGGCAUUAAGACUCAAAGCUACACUUGACAGGACAAGAAGGCUGACUGAGGAAUAUUCCGAAGCCCUUCUGCAAAUCUUCCCUCAAAAAGUGCAGAUGCUUGGUAAAGCUCUUGGAAUUCCACAGAACAGCGUAAGGACGUAUGCUGAAGCUGAGAUUCGGGCAGGGGUAAUUUUUCAGGUUUCAAAACUAUGUACCAUUCUUCUGAAAGCUGUGAGAAAAGCAUUGGGAUCUCAGGGUUGGGAUGUCCUUGUUCCAGGAGUGGUUUCCGGGACACUGGUUCAGGUUGAGAACAUUGUCCCUGGAUCACUGCCAUCAUCUUUGGAAGGACCUGUUAUUCUUGUGGUCAAUAAAGCUGAUGGAGAUGAGGAGGUGACGGCAGCUGGAUCUAAUAUCACAGGAGUUGUACUUUUGCAGGAGCUGCCUCACUUAUCUCAUCUUGGUGUUAGGGCACGACAAGAAAAGGUUGUCUUUGUUACAUGUGAAGAUGAAGAAAAAGUUUCUGAUAUACAAAAGCUUGCAGGAAAAUAUGUGAGACUGGAAGCAUCUUCAAGUGGCGUGAAUAUAAGUCCAUCUUCUUUAGAUGAUAAUGAUGCUGAUCCUAUUGAGAAGAAUCUUUCAAGUAAUGGUUCAUCUGCUUUUGAAGUUCAUGGAGGUUCUCAUGAUUCUUCCAAGUUGGCUGUUAAAACUCCUUACUCCAAUCAGGGUAGUUCUUCUGCAGGAGUUAUACUUCUUGCCGAUGCAGACACACUAACUUCAGGAGCAAAGGCAGCUGCUUGUGGGCGUUUAGCUUCCUUGGCAGCAGUUUCUGAUAAGGUCUACAGUGACCAAGGGGUGCCAGCUUCAUUUCGUGUUCCUGCUGGAGUAGUCAUACCUUUUGGCUCCAUGGAAUUGGCUUUAGAGCAAAACAAAUCCAUGGAAACAUUCACGUCUCUUCUAGAGAAGAUAGAAACAGUGGGACUGGAGGAUGGUGAGCUUGACAAACUAUGCUACCAAAUCCAGCAACUGGUCUCUUCCCUACAGCCCCCAAAGGACAUAAUUGACGGCAUAACGAGAGUAUUUCCAGGCAAUGUACGCUUAAUUGUUCGUUCAAGUGCAAAUGUUGAGGAUUUGGCAGGGAUGUCAGCUGCUGGACUUUAUGAAUCAAUCCCAAAUGUCAGUCCUUCAAGUCCAACAGUUUUUGCCAAUGCUGUUAGCAAAGUAUGGGCCUCACUCUACACUCGAAGAGCAGUACUAAGUCGCCGAGCUGCUGGUGUGUCCCAGAAGGAUGCUAGAAUGGCAAUCCUGGUGCAAGAAAUGCUUUCACCUGAUCUUUCAUUUGUCCUCCACACACUCAGCCCAACAGAUCAUGACCAUAACUAUGUUGAGGCUGAGAUUGCAGCAGGUCUUGGUGAAACCCUCGCAUCAGGAACUAGGGGCACACCCUGGCGUGUAUCUUCUGGAAAGUUUGAUGGGCUUGUGCGAACACUAGCAUUUGCAAAUUUCAGUGAGGAGAUGGUGGUAUCAGGUGCAGGUCCUGCUGAUGGGGAAGUAAUUCAUUUGACGGUAGAUUACAGCAAAAAACCUUUAACAGUUGAUCCUAUAUUUCGUCACCAGCUUAGUCAGCGUCUAUGUGCUGUUGGGUUUUUCCUGGAGAGGAAGUUUGGCUGCCCACAGGACGUGGAAGGAUGUGUUCUUGGAAAAGAUAUUUAUGUGGUUCAGACACGCCCUCAACCCCAGUAACAGCUUCUAUGCUAUCAGGUGUGCGAUCUUAUAAUAUUGCCAUCCACAGGGAAACUAAGCACUUUUGAUCUUUGGCAAUGCAAGCAUUAUUUUCAUUUUUAAGCUACCUAUGUUCGCAUAUCCAGUGUAUAGAUUGCAUAAUUACGAGUUACGGAUUACAACACUUUUUCAUGGAGGCCGAAAGUCAAGGGAUGGAUUGUGUCCUGGUACUACAAAUAUGUUGAGUAAUCCAUGUUUUGUAAUUUGAAGACUGUGGAACGGUUAUCACUGCACUUUCGUUUGAUUGUUUUGCCGGUCAGUUUACAUGCAUGUGAAUCUGUGCAGGGCCAUCCGGUGGUGGAAAUUUCAAUGAAUUGUUUGCAAUUGAGGAGUGAACCGCAUCUUCUGCUUUGAGAACAAAAGGGGAAACCAUCACCUCUUCUAUUGCAGAUAGGAUCACUGUCCCUUCUUUUGUUUUACAGUUUAGGUUGGAAUAACAGCAUUGGAUUUGAAUCCCGUUUAAAAUAAAUUUUGUGAUUGUGCUUGUUUUUUUUUUUUUUUUUGUUGGAAGAGAAAUUCGAACUCAAUUUCGAAUGUAACUCUUAUAAAAAUAAAUUCUUGAUCCAAGUAACCUUGUAAAUUCUUAAUUGUUAAAAAAUUUGAUGUCCAUUUCUUCAUUGGUAUACCUUACGAAUCGAGAAAUGAAAUCAAAGCAUCAAAUGUUGAUGGGAUGUGCUAAUAGAUUCAUUCCUUGAAUAGAUGAUUUCUCAUUUUUGGUAGGGGUCGGAGUUUCCAAGCAAGCAUGAAUGUCUCCAAAGGCGGGCCAGGCACAAUUGCUGCUCCAAGCCUAACCGUUGUGCUAAAGCCAACCUCAUUUCAAGGGAAUGGCUCGAAUCGAGAGCUUAACCACUGG